AGCUCUAUGAGGCGUGGUGUUACUUACCCGUGCCCGUUACUUACGAAAACGUGUACGCUCUAUGUACGGGAGUAGCCAAUGUCUAUGUGUUUCAAAGAACGCGCGGGAAUAAGAUGGGGUCACUCUUUGUAUUUUGCAUCAAGUCAUAUAAAGCAGCAAGCUGUACAUCAAGCAGGAAUCUCCUCGACCCGUUCUAAAAUGUCUCACGGAAGAGGAGCUCUGAUCGUCCUGGAAGGAGUCGACAAGGCUGGAAAGACCACACAAUGUAAGAAGCUGGUCAAUGCGCUGAUAGAGAGUGGUCGACCAGCCGAGAUUAUGAGAUUUCCUGACAGGACUACUCAGAUCGGUCAGUUGAUCAACGCCUACCUGGAGAAGAAGAGCAACUUGGAAGACCAUGUAGUGCAUUUACUCUUUUCAGCCAAUCGUUGGGAACUUGAACCUCUAAUGAGGAAGAAGCUGGAGCAGGGCAUCAGUCUGGUGGUGGAUAGGUAUGCCUUCUCCGGGGUGGCUUUCACAAGUGCCAAGCCGGGCUUCAGUCUGGAAUGGUGCAUGAAGCCCGAUGUGGGACUGCCCAAACCAGACCUGGUGCUCUUCCUGCAGCUGCACCCCUUGGACGCUGCGCAGCGGGGCCAGUACGGGUCCGAGCGCUACGAGAGCAGCGACUUCCAGAAGGUCGUGCUGCAGAGGUUCGAGCAGCUGAUGAAGGACAAAUCCCUGAACUGGCAGGUGAUCAACGCCGCCAAAAGCAUAGAAGACUUGCACGCUGAAAUCAAGAGCCACAGUGAGACCGCCAUAACUGUGGCAGAAUUCCAGCCAAUCGGAAAGCUGUGGAAGUGAGAGACCUUUGAGAAGCUGCACUGGUCGCCGAUCCAUUGAAAAGUGGCUAAUUGUUCCAGUUCAGCCAGUGGUGAUGCAAUCCAGAGCAAGGCACUAUUUGUUACUAAAAGACCUUGUGACUCGUCUGUUCUCCUUCUUACAAACUACUCCAUGUCAAAAGCAAAUGCAAAAUCAGGAGGGGACAGUGAGGAUGGAGACCAUUCAAAAGUGACACGGGAGUCUGCAGGUGAACUGGGUAGGAAACUGCACUCAGAUGACCAUCAAAUUGACCAUCUAUUAAAGAUGGGUAUCAAAGCUCGA